GAGGACUGACUGACUGACUGCGCACAGCAGAGCGUGAGGCCGUUUACUUACUGCUUCGCUGCCCCGUGCUGGCUGACACACACUUGCUUGCUGCUGCUCACUCUGACACACACACACACACUCUCUCCCUCCCAUACUCACUCAUUUACUCACCCUCUCUCUCUCUCUCUCUCUCUCUGUAUCACACACUAGCACACAUAUAUUUACACACACACACACACACACACACACAGACACACACACACACACACAUGCAGAGUCAGUCACCAACUCUCAUUCAACUCCCUCUCAGCCACGGGUCAGCAGCUCAGACAGGCACCUUGUUCCUAUCCCGACAGACAGAGCAGAGCAUCACAAGGUGCACGCACACACACGUACUCGGAUACACACUUGCGUAAUAGACACUUAUUUAUUGACGCAAACUCAUACACACACACACACACAUGCUCAUCCUCAUACAUCCUGGGACUUUAUCUGUGGACCGGUGAGGAAGACUUCAGUGCGAGGAGGAGAACAAACAAGGGAGCGGCAUCAAGGAGGGAACUUCUUAGAAAGCGGAUUCAGAAAACUACGGCACUUUAUGACAAGGAGCAGAGAAACAGAGUCGAGACCGAAGAUGACGACUGAGAAAAGUUUGAUGCUGUAGGAAGGGAAGGCCUGCUGUCAGACCCACGCAGAAACUGGCCAUCAGUGACAUCCAGAGGAUCUGCCGUGAGUGCCAUUUCCAUCCCUUCUCUCUUCAGGACUCCCACCCUCCACAGGGACAUCUCCUGAUCAUCAGCAUGUCUACAGCUUGCACAAGGUGCACCUUGGGAGUCUGACCCACCAUGUGCAGAUGGACGGCGUCCGUAGCCCAUCUCCGUCCUGAACCUGCCCUUCGCGUCACCACCGCCGCAGCCUCCAGUGGGCCACCUCUCCCCCUGCCCAGCGCAGCCUCCCUUUGCCUGGCAUGCUUCACCCUGCUCCUGGUCACCGCUGGCAGUGCCACGGGGGCCUGUCCUCCCCGGGUAGGGCAUGAACCCCUUCAGGUGCUGGCGAGCGGCAUCAACUGCUCGUGGACACUGGAGAGGCACACCCGCAGUUAUAAUCACUUGGAGGGAGACGUCCGACUACGGCGACUUUACUCUGCCAACAAGUUCUUCCUCUGCAUUGACAAAACAGGCAAGGUGGACGGCACUCGGCGAAAAAACUACGCUGACAGCCUGAUGGAAAUCCGAUCUGUCAGUGUGGGAGUUGUUGCCAUCAAAUCUGUCAGCACCGGGCUGUACUUAGCGAUGUCCAAGAAAGGCACACUCUUUGGAUCGGUGAAGUACAACCCGAGCUGCAAGUUUAAGGAGCGGAUUGAGGAAAACGGCUACAACACGUACGCUUCGCUGCGCUGGAAGCACGGCGGCAGGCAGAUGUUUGUUUCCCUGAAUGGCCGUGGCAAGCCGCGGCGAGGUCACAAGGCUCGUCGAAGACACCCGUCCACUCAUUUCCUGCCCAUGCUCCCCUCCUAGCUGCUCAUGUCUGAACUCUGACCGGCAACUGGACGACUUCACCUUCCUCCUCACACGCUAGUGUUGAUUUUGCCGAGGCAGCGAUCUGUAUUUUUUUAUUAUUCCAUUCUCCUGUCACAUAAAUGUACAUCUGCUGAGGUCUGUAACAUUUAUAGGUUUAGUUUAAUAUCUACUUUUAAGUUAUUUUCUGCAUUUUGUUUUAAAUGACAUCGAUAUUACAGUCCUACACAUUAGAGCUAUCUUCAGUAACCUGUCUGGUUACAGCAUCUACCAGUGUAUGGGAACUGCUUGAAAAGAUUGGGUGACACUGAGAGAUUAUAAUAGGACAGAGAAUAGACGGAAAGACUGGGAAACAACAAAAUGUUGCUUGUGUGCUGUAUAGUAUCAUUAUUAAAGCAAAAUCAGCAACAAAUCAGAAGUAAAGCUACCAUAGAGGAGAUGGAGAGCAUGUACUCAGUAUUUGGAAGUUUGGACUCUGGGCCAUAUUUUACCCCUAAAACUAUACAGCACAAAUACUCUAGCUGACUGCAGUACUUUCAGACCCACUAUUGUAGAUUUAGCCUUACAAAAUAAGCCUGUGUGCAUUUAUCUUACAUUGGUUUAAUAUGCUCUUCAUUGAGCACUAUUUCAUAUGUGAAAAUAUUCAGUCAUUUUAGGUAUCCCUUGAGUGAAAUUCUGAAAUGUUGCAAGUAAAUGCAAAAAUGCUCAUGUGCAAAACCUUUUUAUGCACAAUUCACAUAGCAGCUCAUAUUUUAUUACAUGUAAAACAGUGCAUUUUGACUGGGUUUACACAUAGACAGUUGUGGGACAUUCGUCCAAAUGUGAAGUUGAUAUUUGCUCUUUUUGUGAGGCUAAAUCUGAUUACUUUUGGAUCACAGAACUGAAACGAGGUGGCAGUUAAUAGGUAACAGAAUAAACACAACAAGAGGAAAAUUAGGGAAUAAUGGUCAUUAAGUGGACUUGACUUGACAACCUCAAGCCCUGACUAAAGCCCGCUCCACCUUUAAAGUUGCUUGGGAUAAAACUCACACCACUGGAUACUGACGAGAUACUGAUCUGCAGCUGAACUGUGCAGAUAAGAUGAAACAACUCUCUAUGGACUCAAACACCAUGAUUAAUGUAUUGUUCUGUAUGUAUAUGUCUGCACAUGGCAAGAAUGCAUCAGAGACUAAGCUAACUACUGGGAUAAUUUCCUGAGAUGACCUUUGUAUGUUUGUGCAUGCUUCUGUCAGUCUGCUUUUCUUAUCCAGCGAGCCACAGCCUAUAGAUUAGAAAUCAGUACCAGAACACAUGCAAUGUGUCUCAUCUGGCAUCUGAUUCUGAUUCUGAGUCGUGAUAUCCAUUCUGAGUCAUUUAAUGAAUUGUAGCAGUCGUAGUCACACCAGAUGUCAAGUAGCAGCAGCGUCAUUAACUCUGUACAUGGUAGUAAAUGGUUAUUAGACACUAUCUCUCUUGCUAACAUUUUUUCGACAAAAUGGCUGUUGCUAAUAGAACAUUUAAUAUAUUUAAAACAUUUUGUACUCUUUAACUGAUUGAAGUUUAUUGUUAUUGUUGACUUUUUCUGUUGGCUUGUAGUCCUACUGUUAAAAGAGAAGGGAAAAUACUUGUAUUCAAGUCCAUAUUCAGAACAGUCUAUGUGGUAUUACUACUGGGUACUGGUACAUUUUGUGAUCCACUUAUCAUAAACAGCUUUCAGCUAAAGGCCAGUAAUAGCCGAGUGUAUAUACAGCCAGUUCCUCAGAACAAACAGUCUUUAGAUCCAUUUCAAGUCGUUUGAGUGCCUUGGUCCAUGCUGAGCUUGGUAAACUUCAAUAAAAAUGUGGAUAAAUAAU